GAAAGUGAUAUUGUUGUGAGGAAGAGUGGGGAAACAGUUGGUAUCACCUGACCAUGUACUAUAGCCAGGAUCAGGGACGCGUGUGCCAGUUAGUAACGUCAGACAAGUACCUGCAACAUUCACCUUCCGCUUUCUGUGUUAGUGACAGCGGCAUUCAAGUGUAAGGUGGAGGGACGGCCGAAAUGACGAGACAAGAAUUUGACCUGGGGAACAGCAAGAAGGGCUCCUUCGCAUUUAGCAGUUUCAGAAUCAAAUUGCCACAGAUCCUGGCGAACGUUGCUGCCAACCUGCUAGUACUUGACCUCUGCAUGGCUAUCGCCUUCACAACAGUUCUCAUUGCAGCUACACUUGAUGCCAAGGAAGACCUCAGUAUCAACGAGAAUCAGGCGUCAUGGCUGGGAAGCAUCGCAUUCAUCUGCCAGCCAAUAGGAAGCCUGAUAUCAGGGCUCAUCGUGGAGUUCUUCGGCCGAAAGUGGUCCAUGAUCCUGGUGAAUAUCCCGUUCUUAGCGGGCUGGCUUCUCUACUGCUUCUCCACUUCCAUCACCACGCUCUUCACUGCCAACAUUAUCCUUGGCAUGGGCAUUGGCUUCAUGGAGGCUCCCAUUAUGACAUACCUGGGUGAGACCUGCCAGCCGCACCUUAGAGCGCUUAUCACUUCGUUUCCCGGUAUAACGUGUCAGAUCAGCGUGUUCGUGGUUUUCCUCAUGGGCAAUAUCACAGACUGGAGGACUGCCGCGGGAAUGAACGCCGCGUUGCCAAUUAUCACCGUGCUAUACACGCUGAUGAUGCCCGAGACGCCAAUAUGGCUGCUGUCACGUGGCCGGUAUGAGGACGCCGAGAAGGCCCUAUGCUGGCUUCGGGGUUGGGUGACACCGGACGUCGUCAGUGAAGAGUUCAACCAGCUUGUUAUGUACAGUAACGCAGUGAACAAGACGAACUUUCCAGUCACCACUGUUGGCCCCGUAACGUCUAGAACUCAAGAAGGGAGAAGUCCCAGAAUAACUGAAGGUUACGAGAAUAAAGGAUUCGAACUCGAUUCUACAGCAACGGGCGACGUACAGCAGAGUAAAGCUACGAUGUCGGACUACCAGAGCGAGCUACGUGACGAUGACAACAGCGCGCACUGUAGCCUCGACAGAUGGAAGGAGAUGCUGAAGCCUCAGACCUUGCGUCCCCUAGGGAUUGUGAACCCCUGCUUCUUCUUGCUACACUGGGGCGGCCUCUCAUCUAUCAAACCCUAUCUGGUGCACGUGUUGCAAAAUUUCGGGCUGGGGGAAGCUGCUUCGUGGACAACGGUGGGGUCAGGGGUGACCAGCGUGGCCGGUGGAGUCUGUCUCUUUGUGCUUGUUCACUGGGUCGGCAAGAGAAAGUUGUCACUGGUGGCCCUAGCCGGCAGUGCAGCGUGCUGCCUUGUCAUCACCAUCUACAGUUACAUUGUGUUGCGGCCAGGCGGCGCCACUGACCAAGCUGUGCCAUGGGUACCACUCACGAUGGUCGUUAUGCUGGCAUUCUUUAACAGCCUGUUCUUCUACAUUCCAUGGAAUUGGCUCAGCGAAAUAUUCCCAUUUAGAACCCGCGGUAUCUCCAGCGGUUUCUCGGCAGCCAUGUGCUACGUUUUCCUGUUUGCCGCCUCCAAGACCUACCUGGAUAUGGAGCAGAAUCUGCAGAUCUACGGCUCCUUCCUGAUAUUCACGGCUAUCAAUGUCCUGGGUUUCUUCUUCGUCUACUGGAGGGUUCCAGAUACUGAGGGGAAGACUCUUGUGGAAAUAGAAGCCUACUUCAGUCGCUAAUGUCAGAACUGCAACACCAGAACAGAGCUCUUCUUAGGGGAACGUAGGGUGACGACAUUCGAUGUCGCAUAGCAUAGCUUAGUGUAUAUCAGUUUUGUUAUACGAAUUUUCCUCGUUGCAUUUCUUCGGACUCCAUAUUUUGUCCAUGGCCGUGUUUCAAUCGUGAUGUUGGAGAAGGAAUGAAAUGUUAUUAUGUUGCAGCAUCCUGACGCACUGCGUAAAUCUGACUUUGUGUUCCACUUUUUGACUUCUAUGUGCAACUUCGGUUAAUAGUCACUCGUCUUCUUUUCUUU